AUGGCUCUCACAAGCAGCAGCUCUUUGAUUCCCACCAAAUCUGCCUUCAUUCAAGGCCAGUCUCUCUUACCCUCUCCGAGAACUCACCAACCCUCUCUGCCCAUCAGGCCCGUCAGGCCAAUCGUGGCCGUUCAUGCAGCUGAGCCUGCCAAGAACCCAGUUGUCUCCGAUAAGCCAACUAAGCAGCAAAGUGCUCCAACGACGUCGUCUCCUUCUUCUUCGGCGAAGACCCACAAUGCGGUUCCGGCGAAAUGGAGCGUGGAGACCUGGAAAUCCAAGAAGGCGCUCCAAUUGCCCGACUACCCAAAUCAGGAAGAUCUCGAGUCGGUGCUUCGGACCAUCGAAUCGUUCCCGCCUAUUGUGUUCGCUGGGGAGGCUCGGAGCCUAGAGGAGCGUAUUGGUGAGGCCGCCAUGGGCAACGCGUUUCUUCUUCAAGGUGGGGACUGCGCUGAGAGCUUCAAGGAGUUCAAUGCCAAUAACAUUCGUGACACCUUCAGAAUUCUCCUCCAAAUGGGUGUCGUUUUGAUGUUCGGAGGUCAAAUGCCCGUUGUCAAGGUGGGAAGAAUGGCGGGUCAGUUUGCGAAGCCAAGAUCGGAUCCUUUUGAGGAGAAGGAUGGUGUGAAACUGCCAAGUUACAGAGGGGACAAUGUGAACGGAGACGCGUUCGAUUUAAAGUCGAGGACUCCGGACCCUCAGAGACUGAUCAGAGCCUACUGUCAAUCUGCGGCUACUCUUAACCUUCUCAGGGCCUUCGCUACUGGUGGUUAUGCAGCUAUGCAGAGGGUCACACAGUGGAACUUGGAUUUCACAGAGCACAGCGAGCAGGGGGAUAGAUACCGGGAGCUAGCUUCCCGGGUUGAUGAGGCCCUUGGAUUCAUGACUGCAGCUGGGCUUACAGUUGACCACCCUAUCAUGACAACCACUGAGUUCUGGACAUCUCAUGAGUGCUUGCUCUUGCCAUAUGAGCAGUCUCUUACUAGGUUGGAUUCAACUUCCGGCCUUUACUAUGAUUGCUCUGCCCAUAUGCUUUGGGCUGGUGAGCGUACUAGGCAACUGGAUGGUGCCCAUGUUGAGUUCCUAAGAGGCGUUGCCAAUCCCCUUGGAAUUAAGGUGAGCGAUAAGAUGGAUCCAAAUGAGCUUGUUAAGCUCAUUGAGAUUUUGAAUCCUCAGAAUAAAGCCGGUAGGAUAACGGUGAUCACAAGAAUGGGAGCUGAGAACAUGAGAGUGAAACUUCCUCAUCUUAUUAGGGCAGUCCGCAGGGCAGGACAGAUUGUCACAUGGGUUAGUGACCCAAUGCAUGGAAACACCAUAAAAGCUCCAUGUGGCCUCAAAACACGCCCUUUUGACGCUAUAAGGGCCGAGGUGAGAGCAUUCUUUGAUGUGCAUGAGCAAGAAGGAAGCCACCCAGGAGGUGUUCAUCUAGAGAUGACAGGCCAGAAUGUGACAGAAUGCAUUGGAGGGUCGCGCACUGUGACAUUUGAUGACCUUAGCUCACGCUACCAUACUCACUGUGACCCAAGGCUCAAUGCCUCACAAUCUCUCGAGCUUGCCUUCAUCAUCGCCGAACGCCUUAGAAGAAGAAGGAUCAAGUCACAGAGCUCCGUCACCUCGUUAGGUCUGUAG